GCAGAACCAGAAACAUUCAGCGGAUAGGUCUUCAUGUUGAUCCCUUGAGGACGGCGGCUAUGAAUCUCUACAAGAAACUUGGGUUCCAAGUUGAUAGCUUGAUUGAAGGAUACUACUCUGCCGAUCGAGAUGCCUACAGAAUGCAGAACAAUUGAUUACAUUAAGAAAAAUAAGAAGGAACCAAAUGAAGACAAUACUAAAAGCUUAAUGGAUUAGCCAGGUAGUCGUUUCUUAAUUCUCUUUUAAAUUAUUAGAAUUAAGAAUAUUGUGACGUCUCAAGUCAUCAAUUAACUUGAGUUAAUUUAAACAUCUUACAUGUACCAUAAUGUGGUGUUUGAGAAUAAUGUUUCCCUCUCUUAUAUGUAAAAAGAUUUUUCUCAGUUAAAAAAAAAAAAACAAAAUCUUUAUUUUCGGUUAUCAAAUCUAAUGAGGAAAAAGAAGAAGCCAUAAUCAUGUGUAAUUAACGGUACGAGGAUGAAAAUGGGAAAACUGUUCCAUGGAAAUAGGAAAGAAUUCUCUGAAUCAUUUGAAGAAUAGAAUAUCUACUAAAUCCUAUGAUGCAGAGUUCUUUGAAGCCCGAAAAGACGCAAAAUUCUUGGCGGGCAGCGGGUAUCUCUGGCGGUUGAAUAUUACGUUCAUUAGCCUUCUCUUGGCUAUCUGUUUUCUCAUUUUCAAACUUGAGUUGUUUGCGUAUUUGUCUGGCCAAUUGAGUAAUUGGCAACAAAUGGUAAGAAUGUUGAGGAUCUGCAUGCAAUCCUUGUUGAAGUUCGUGAAUUCUGGAAAUGGGAUGGUUGGAAUCGCCAUGAUUUUGUACGGAAUUUGGUUGAUAAGGGCUUGGCAGAGGCAUUUUGGCCAUUUGCCCUAUGGACCCAGUGACCCAAUUCCAUGGUUCAUGUACAGUUUUUUUGGCCUAGGAAUUCUUUUAUGUGUGAUCACAUGCUUGGGUCAUAUUGCUGCUGAAACUGCUAAUGGUUGUUGCCUUCAUCUGUAUAUGGUGCUUGUCUUUAUGGUUCUCAUGGUGGAGGCUGGGGUGACAACAGAUGUAUUUCUGAAUCGUGACUGGGAGGAGGAUUUUCCAAAAGAUCCAAGUGGAAGUUUUGAUCAGUUCAAACAUUUCAUCAAAUUGAACUUCGAUAUCUGCAAAUGGAUAGGGAUCUCAAUGGUGUCUAUUCAGGGUUUGUCUCUCUUGUUGGCAAUGGUACUAAAAGCAAUUGGAUCGCGUCGAUAUUACGACAGCGAUGAUGAGUAUGCUUCUGAGAGGCUUCCACUUCUUAAGAAUGCUCUUCAUUCACCAACUACAUGUGUUAUUGGGGACCCUGUCUUUCCAUCUAAAAAUGAUACAUGGAACAAACGAACCGACGACGAGUAAGCCUGCAACAGAAGCAACAUAUUAAUUUGUAUUGAAUCCUCCCACUGCAUUUUAGGAAAGACAUUAGACCCAAAACCCAAAAGAGCAAAUCUGGCAUGGACUUCUUGGUAGCAACAUAAUGUAAAUGAAUCUUCUCAUGGGUUACAGUAAGCUAUUUAUUUUUCAACACUGUAGAUCAUGUCAACACAAGUAAUUUUAUUUGUAGUAUUGAAUAAGAUCAAGUUUAGAAAGAUAUUCCUGAUCGGUUCAGAUGUCAUAUUGACAAUACAAAUAUAAUAUGUGAAUAAUAUUUUAUAGAAAAUGUGGUUCAUACUGUUCCAGUAAAA